UGGAUGGCGAAGAGGAAGAUGAUAAACAGUGGGUUCUCAAUCUCAGAAAUUUGCAAAGGGGAGGAGGAACAAGACCAUGUCUUCUUCCACUUGCAAUAAUCUACUUAGGGUUUUUAAAAAGAAAUCCAGAAAAAGCCAUCAACAACCAUCUUCUUCUUCUGCAGAGAAUGAGCCUAGUCAUUACCAACAUGGUAUUCCUGGGAUUCCUACUGAUGGUAAAGUUGUUCUGCUCAUGAAUUCCAGCAAUGGGGCUCAAAUCUAUCUAAUUGGAACUCUUCAUGGUUCUAAACAGAGUGCUGAAACUGUCAAAAAGGUGAUUGAUUAUGUAAGGCCUAAUGUAGUUGCGGUUGAGCUAUGCGAGAAACGUGCCAUGGGGGCCAUGAAUAAGCAACCUGAUAAGGAUACCUGGUACAAGUUGUUCCGCAAAUCCAUCAAAGCUCCAGGUGGACUGUCCAUGAUGAUUUAUAUGUUUAUGGUGAGUUGUCGGAGGCGCCGGUUGCACGCAUAUGGUAUAAUUCCAGGCCUGGAGUUCAAGGUUGCUAUCGAAGAAUCUUCUAGAGUGGGAGCAAGUUGUUUCUACUUUGAUCAAGAUAUCAAUGUUACGCAUGAACAGUUAUCUAAAGUACCCUCAUUUGACUUGCUUUGGAAAGCAUAUUGUGAAUCUAGAUUAAGUGUUCAUGCUGACUUGGCAGAUGAAAAGUAUACAAGAUCCUCUGUGCGGGAAGUUAGUGGCAAACAGAAAAAACGUUGUCCAGAUAUUUUUAAGGUGAUUAUUGAAGAUAGAGACAAGUUUAUGUCUAUAAAUCUUAGAAGUUUUCAAGGAGAAGUUGUAGCAGUGGUUGGACUGGCACACAUGGAUGGAAUUGAACUAUUGUGGAAACUCGCGGAGGAGGAUGACAAUUGCAAAUUGUCCUUUAAAUCUGAAAUUGAAGGACAUUCAGGGCAGGGUGGAUACACAUUGUAGAGGGAAAUCUGCAGCCAAAUGUUUCUUCAAACAUCAAUUUUGUAGAAUCUAUCAAACCUUCGUUAUACAAUUGGCUUUCCAUAUACAAAUGCAGAAUGAAGAAACUACUAAUUGUAGUCUGUAACUAUGAAGAUAUAUGUUUUGGUGUUCACCGUUAACUUCAAAUAUUCUUUUAUCAUUGGCUCCCU